AUGCUAUAUGUGGGUGCUGAAUUUUUCAUUUUCUUUGAUAUCACAAAUUAAGCAUGCACAGUUCAAAUGAAUAUGUAUGUGCUGCUAUGAAUCCUGUCCUCUGGACUGCGUUCCAUUAUGAAUAACCCCACAGAUAUGUAAAAACAACCUUUUGUCCUAGGGCGAAGGCAAUUUGUCAGUGGCAACCAGCGGAGCUCUCAGGCAGGAGAAUGUGUUAAUGAGAGAUCAAUUAAAGGGCCGUUAAGCGCUAUGUUUGCUAACACUUAACAAGCGCUGCUGUUUCUGACAGAGCUUCAGUUGACUUCUUGGUAAUUGCUUUUCUUUUUAUUUGGCUGCACUUCUGUCCUCUUUAAUGGUGCUAUCUUGCCAUCCUUUAUCUAAGCAGACAAAGAAUCGCUCAUUCAAUGAAUCGAUGCCACCUUCCUCUCAUCAUUCGCUCUCUCUCUUUUGGUUUCUUGGUCAGUCAAGGUACAUAACCUGUGCAAAGCCUUUUGCUUCUCUGUGCACAUCAAUUCAAAGUGGAUUCUUAUUGAGCAACAGAAGCUAUGCGUCCAUCCAGUAUUUUGACCUUUGAACCGGGGUUGGAGGCUGGAGUGCCGUGGGGCCGUGAUCUUUUUACUUUCGUGACUUCAGCAGCGGGUCACAUGAUGAGGACUUUGCAAAGACCACGGAAAAACAAGCCAUCAAAACGACAAGUCAAUCAUCGCAGGUUUCUGCACAACAUGAUACAGAGAAAAUUUGCUGAAAUAGAGGCAUCGAACCAUCAGCUUGCAUCUGCUUUAUGUUCAACUGAUAACCCCCCCGAUCAUCUCACUCCCAGUUUAUCUCACAUUGAAACAGACCAGUCACCCAAACCUUCAAAAAGAGGUAAAAGAGCUUUACUUUUUUAUUGUUUGUUCUGGUUUGGUAUACGUUUUGUGACUCCUUGUUCUGUUUUCUAAGCUAUUGAAUCUUAUAUACCUGUAAAUGCUGACAAAACUGAAGCGCUUCCUGAACAACAAGAGGAUGUGUGUGACCUCUGGACAUUGGACAGUCUUUUGGACACCCAUGCGGCUGAUAAAAGUUUCUCACCGUGCCAGUUCUCCAACAGUAGAGGAACGAAUCCGAGAACUGAGACGGACGGCAAAGCUUUGGACAACAUCCCUGCAAGCUCAAUGGAGAAGGACAUCGACUUCAGCUUCAGCUUCGAAAGGGAGCCAGCAUCUACUGAUUUAGAAAGCCUGACGCAUAUGAACAACAGUCUCCUAGAGGACAGCGUGUCCUGGUUUGGGUCCACUGAAAGAACAAGAUCAUAUUCGAAACCACGUCUCACCAAGUACCAUGACGUGAAGUUGCUCCCCACCGAUGCUGAUGUUCAAGACCUGUCACCUCUUUCUCCAGUGAUUUCACUCUUGUCUUUGGAUUCAUGUGAUUUGGAGGUUCAGAUGCUCAUAGAUGCAGAGCACAAUGUGAACCAAAUGCAAGAUGCCAGCAUCAGAGAGAGUCUCCAAAUGGAUAUGGUGGAUGACCUUGACCUACUGGAUUGUUCUGGUAUUCAUGGAGAUCUGGCUAAAACGGAGUGGAUGGAUCACAGUGAAGAGUUUCCAAGCUCUCUGGAUUCGGAUCUAGAGAAACUAUCAGGUUCUUUUGGUGGGGCCAAUAACUCCAUGUCCAAUUUGGGCCAAACAGGUCAUGAAUGUUUUGCUAAUGUUCUCUGUAGUCAAGAGCCACAUAGACGUAGUUUCCAUCAUGAUGAAAUAAACUAUACUAUGAACCACAAUAUGAUUCUAGAAGACCGGUUCGGUCAGGUUGAACCUUGCAUGAAGACGAAUGAAAAGGAGGAUGGUUAUUUAGAUACAGAUUUUUCUGUCAUGGAUGGUAAUCACAUGUUCCCAGUAUUUGAGAGACAGUUGGACCAAUGCAAAAGGAUUCUUUAUGAAAACUGGGAACAACAAUCUCUUAAAAGCUCAAACAAGAACUAUACAAGUCCAGAUCUGAUUAUAAUGCAAAGCACUGGUAUCAGAAAUGUUGACAAAAACACUGUUCAGGUUGAGAAUCUCAACCAGACUUUAUCAGGCUCCCAGUGCCCGAUAACAUGCUGCCUUGAAGGUUUUUGUUAUCAUAAAGAAGACUCUGGUUUUUACACAAAAUUCAGAGGCAGUCACAACUUUGAGGGCGUGGCUACAUCUUUCCCAGCCACACUGCAUAAGCUCCACCCCACUCCAAUUCCGACUCCGCCUCUAGAUGAUGAUUGGUUGUUUGGUAAUAUUGUGGCGGAGGAAGAGGUGAAUACCAUGAAUAAUACAUUUGGAAAGUACUGAUCAGUCACUGGACAGUAAUUGUAUGAACUGUAUUCAUGAAUUUCAUUGUUUAUUACACUUUUGUGAUUUUUAUGAUAAUUUCUGUGAAAUGUUCUCGUCUGAGGUGUGAAAUAUUCAGUGUUUUCUGAAAUA